AUGGGCCUCGGGAUGUUCGAGAUCGGUCCCAAUGAGGUCAUGUUCAACACCGCCGACGACAGUUGGCGUGGCCGGGUGUACUUCCGCACCUACUGCACCACCGACAACCACGGAAUCGUCUCGUGCCUCACCGCCGACUGCGGCUCCGGCGAGCAGUCGUGCGAGGGGAAGGCGGCCAAGGCGCCCGUCACCCUCCUCGACUUCCUCAACUUCAGCGGCAACGACACCCAGUACACCUACGACAUCAGCCUCAUGCACGGCUUCAACGUGCCCGCCAUGGUGUACCCGCAGAACUCAUCGUGCCAGCCGACGGGGUGCCCGGGCGACAUCAACGCCAUCUGCCCCGACGAUCUCCGUGUGAAGGACUCCGCGGGGAAAACCAUCGCCUGCAAGAGCGCGUGCGACGCAUACCAAGACCCGAAGCUGUGCUGCAUCAACGAGUACGGGAGCCGCGCCAAGUGCCAGCCUUCGUCGCAGGCGAAGGUGUUCAUGCAGGCAUGCCCUUUGGCGCACACUUGGACUUACGACGGCAGGGCCUUCGCUUGCUCGGGGUCGGACUUCAACAUCACACUGUGCCCCACGGCUUAG